AGGCGAAAAUACCUGUUGGUUGGUUUGCUGUGGAUUGGCGUGUCGGCAGAUACAUCGUGCGCGCAAACACGCGAGUCUUCGCGUGGGAGUUACACACAGUGUCACCUGACGUGAUUACUAACGCAAGCUUUCCUUUGUCGGACGCGCGGCAGAUCCGCGAAGUUGCGUGUGAAUUAUUGAUUUUUACUUUUCGGUGCUCCGGUUUUCCGCGAUACACUUUCAGUGCAUUUUAGUGGCGAAAGGUGAAAGGUAGACCUCAGAAACAGGUUUGCAACCUUUUUCGAAAAUCAAGAUAAGAGCCUGAGUGGUGUCAUCGCUUCAGACUUCCGAAGUGAAUCAAUACAUACCUAAUACAGUUUUGGUCUGUAAAUAGCCGCGAAGUAUCCGAAGUGAAAAAAGGAAGAAAAUCGAUGGCAUAAGUCAGUGUUGUGAAACAAAGAAAAGCCCCACAAAGGGGGGAAACAAAUUGUCGUUAAUUCCCAAUAACGAAUGUUAAUGCCGUGCUUAGCCCCAUUUCUCCUAUAGAUGUUGUCACAUUUUAUGGUUUGUGUAUCGAAUUUUCGGGAUGGUAUCAUUGACCUCGAAAACAAUUUCGAUCAAAUAAACCGUUUUGAUCAGCAUGUGGUACUGGUUUCAGCAGGUUAGUGUGUAGAAGAAAAAGAAUUUUGACUGAGCUGAACACCGUUAGCUGGAAGAAGUUCGUGUCCAGAUGUUAACAAGGCAAAAAAUCUAGUGAAAGAGAUGCUGCGCUGUGAGGUUCAGUAACAAAACUACAUCUUUCGAAGCGAAAUAAAUACCUAUCGAUCCUACAGUGGAUCGCUUUCUCUGAGAAACGCGCGCGCUGGUGAAUCAACUACCAACAACGGAGAUUAUCACAGCAGGCGUCGGUGGGCUUAAUCUAAGCCGCAGAGCUAAUCUAAGCUCUUGAUCGAGUCCCGCUCGACCGACCCAUCAGCCACACCAUCUUUGCGAGGACAAUGACCAUUCUGAUUCUAAUGCGCCACUUCCGUUCCAAUGUUCCACAUUCGACAAGGACCAUCAACAGCGAGCUAUAAUUUCAAUUAACUCUCAACCAGUGCUACUUACUCUUGUUUUGCAACUUCAAGGCUCAAGGCCAAGUCUGAUUAGAGUCGACCGCGUAAUGAAUUCGGAUGAUUAAGCCAAAAUCAAGCGCACGGUAUGCCAUUAUCGCUGAAGCCUGAUGAUGAGUGAAGUGAAAUCUUAGCAACGGCUCGUCAAGAAGCAUCAAGUGUUGUGCAAAAAAGCGUGUGUGGGUGUGAAUUAUCGUCACCCUGUACAAAGGUGAAAAUAAUAAUUGAAAACAAGGAAACGUGCAAGUGCUAAGUGACGAAGUGAUUGAAUGUGGCGAAUAAAGAUUCAUUUGGUUGAAAAAGUAUACACACGGAAGAAUUUGCUCAGAACCUCCCUGGCAGCUCGAAGUUAGCAGUUGGUCGUGAACAAAAGCUUUGCUAUUUACUUUGACCGGUCUGCUAUAUCGGUUCGAAUAGGAUGCUGGAGUGAGCUGCAGCCAGUCUGUGCCGGGUGUGUUGCUCAAUUCGGAAUGAUUUAAAUGGGUGACUAGACGACGAAAAGGCGAGCUGUUGUAGGUUUUUCGUUUUGGGGAGAUUGAAAUGUGAGAAAUUCGAAGAAGAAAUAACGAAGUUAAUAUAACUGAAAGAAGUCGGCUCGCAAAUUGGAUUAACCUCAAUCGGAUGUUUGUUUUGAGAACGCAAGUCGUUUUGCGUCAAGCUGCAAUCAUGAGGCCUAACACUGCCAGUCACCCUCAAGUGGGAACUUCCCAAUCCAGCCGAGAUGUAUUCCACACACAGCACCAAUCGGACGCAGGCUUCAGUCGCUACUCUUGAGAAGCGCCCAAUCGACAAACAGCCAAGGUUCAUCCAAAGAUUCUACCUCUUCGGAACAAACCCAAGUUCCAACACCCCCACCACUUCCAGUACCUGCAGUGCACCAACCUCUCCAACAUCGCCAACAUCUCCUACAGCUCCAAAAUCUCCAGAUCCAGCUCCACCUGCAAAGAAACCAAAAGAUUCAAAACCACCCAUCGAAAGCGAAGACGAUCUCCCAUUUCAUCCGCACUCCCAGCAACACUACAGCGUUCAACGUCUGAAACAGUUCUGGAACAACCGACUCAGCCUGAACUCGCCCAAUUCUCCGCAAACAACCGAAGCUGCCCUUGUCCGGAAGUUGAAAAGCGUCACCCUAGGACCAUCAAAUACCUCCCGAAAACCGGCCACACCAGAAUUUCUUCGACGAAACGGCUCAACGCGUGGAUCCGCCUCCCGGAGAAAUAUUGUCCGCACUAGCCUAGUUCCGCUGUAUUCCAAAACAGCCAGCCCAAAACCGACUCGCCGUAGUGACUCUUCUAAUGACAGUUUCUCUCAGAAGCGAUCCAGUGUAGUGCUGAGCCCAGUCAAGGAUCUCACCAAGGAGAAGCGAUCCUGCCUGGAGAUUGUCGGAGGCAAUGCCGGAUUCCCCCUGGUGACAACAACAGCCACCGGAGGACGCAUAAGCUGGGCUAAGCGUGCCGAACUGCUUGGAAUUCGAUUGAACCAAGACGACGCCAACAUGCCUAUCAAGGUGGAGAAUUAUGUGAAUAACUUCAUUGAAGUUGACAUCCAAAAUGAACCACCAGCUUGUCCACCUCCGGAUAUUCCCGCGCAGGAAUAUCCAGAGGAAGAAACGCACGAGCAAAGUGCGUCUCCAGAUGAGAAAACGGAGUCCCCCUUACCGAAACUAGGCAUGCGAGAUUCCCUAGACAGUAAGAAAAGUUUAAGUUCGAAUGAUUCACAGUCCCUUGGACGACGCCAUGGGACUCCAACGCGCAAGGUUAGUUUCCGUACGACAACUUCGCCGUACAAUCGAAAGCUGCUGCAAUCCAAAGAGAACAAAGUAAUGGCCCUGACGAACAAAUUCAACAAAAUGUGUCAACAGGACGCCGGCAUCUUGGAAGAGGUUCGCAAACGGGGAGGAUUCGUUCGUAAAUCCGGAAGUCACGUUUACAAGGUGAUUGAAGAGGACGGUAGCUUGAGGAAGAAGUCUAUUGUCGGCAAUGGCAGCACUCGAACCGACGAAAGCUCUGAUGACGUUUCGGUGAUCAGCAAGGGUUCGUACAAGAAACCUGGAAUAAAGAAACGACCCAGUCUGAGGAAGAACCUAUACCGCAAACCGGAGUUAGAAGCAGCGAAUAGGAUUUCGAUAUGUGUGAAAGAAGCGUUGGAGAUAUUCGAACCGAAUACCCACCAUCAAAAUGGACGUCCUCCAACAGUUAGGAAACCCCCAGCUGGCCGUACCAAACCUAAGGUACCGGACAAAAGUGACCAAGUCAUAAAAAAGACUAAGGAAUUGAAAAACAAGCGAGCGAUUCAAAUCGAUACCAACAGUUGUGAUAAUAGUGAAAUGAGAGAUAUAGCAAUAGACAAGGUGCCAAAUAGUAUUAGCCAAGAUAGUAUUAGUAAUGAAGAGAAAAGUGAGGUUGAUAGUAAUACUCAAGUUGUCGAUGAUGUCACGAAGGUUGACGAGGUCAGGAAUGAAAUCGUAGAGGUCAAUCAACCUGAGCGAAUAAUUGAUGAGUACUCAGUAGUGCAAAAGAAGCCAGAGAUGAUUCAGAGCGAAUUGACGAAGGCGAAAAAAGACAAAAAGGAAGCUUUUUCUGAACAAGAUGAGAAAGCAACUUUUUCGAAACAGAAAAGUACGGUUCAAAGGAUUUACGAAAAGUUUACGUUUCGUUCGUCGAAAAAGAUUAACCUGAGCAGCCCUGAGCGGACGUACAGUGAAUCGCAACUUAGUUCUAAUUCAGGCGACGAUGAUCGUCUAAGCUUUGUGGCAGACAACAAACUCACUCGGAAAAAUUUCGUAUCCUCCAUCGAAAUUCCAACGAUUCACAUUGAAGAAUCGCAGGAAAGUAGUUCUGAUCCGUCAGAUCGUAAAAUUGUUGACGCUAUCAAAUCCCUAACCGUAAAAAUCGAUAAUCUAUCCAGAAGCUUCAAUGAUCUAACGCUGAAUGAUCCUGAGCCUGAACCGGAACCAGAAACUGCCGUUCAACCGAACAAUUCCUUCCUCUUCCGAAGUAUGUCGAAAAUGGGUAUAGGAACCGACACAACUAUCAGCCAGUUAAACAUCAUACAAGCGGUCAACACUGUUGUGAUAAACAAGUCAAUUUCCAUGGACGAUCAUCAUUUCCCCUGUCGAGCGAAUCUCGACCGUCUUAGUCUAAACGAAACGAUCCCAACAGUAAUGGUAAGUAAGGCAAUCAGUGCUUCCGAAAACGACUACGAAUUGGUGUCCAGAGUUGAGUCUCCUCUAAGGUCAUCAGAAGCUUCGACCAGCUCCUACCAUGGCAGUACCAUGAGCAUCGACAUCAUGGGUCUAAAUGCCAACAUCGACUCCUUCCUGUAUAAAGUGAAGAACGUCGAUAGUACACCCACAAAUGAUCUUCCAAAAGCCAGUACGCCGAUUCAACCGGACACCAUUAGCAUCAAUAGCUACGAAUCCUUCGAAAACUACGAAUCCAUCGAACGAACCAGCAGUCCGAAGGAGGAAGACACCUACGAAGUGUGCAAUCCACCGGAACCACCGCCACCGAGGAACGAUACCAAAUCGCCGAACGAUCUGGCCCUGCCGCAACCCAAACGUAACCUCGCCGGAUCUCCAAAGCUCUUGCCAAAAACCCAACCGACCUACCAGUCAAACUACGAGAAAAUCAAAUACGGCCAAACGCCUCCGCGGCCCCCCAAACCGGAGGAAGUGCCGCUACCGCCUCGUAACACCGUUCCAAUGGAGCUCACAAACACCCAUCGCGAGAUGUCUUCCGCGUCUCCGACUCUCUCCGAUGAACCAAUCUACGAAGAAAACAUCUACGACACGAUCAAGAGUUCGGACGGCCUUGAUUACGACGAGCCAAAUGGCAGCGCCGAACUGGCGGUAAUCAAACGACCGAAGCACAACCAAUCGGCCGACACACUGUCGAUCAUAUCGUCCAACUGUUACGAAUCGAUCGGAUCGAAGCUGACGGUGGAUUUCCUGCGGCACGGAGGGGUUACGCUUCCGCGAAUGGGCUCGAUCUCAACGCUGGCGUCCGAUCAGAUCACGAACAGUCUGUACGGGUGCAACACGAACGGAGGACCGAGCUUGACGCCGCCCAGCGAGCGUGGCAGCGAUACCAGCAACAGCGCCGAGUGGACGGAUAUUUCCGACGAUGACGACGAAGACGAGGUCGGGAAUGGGAGGAGUAAUUUCAUUAUUGUACGAAAGCGGAACAAGGUGCACCAGACGCCGGUCUGGUCCCGGAAGGUUCGCAGCAAGAUGGUGUCGCAACAGCAGCAGCAGAUAGAUCAGUCACUGAGCAAGAAUGACGAUGACUCAGAUCAUGUCUAUGAAUCGUUAGAGUCGCACGGGCAUUCGCGUAUACGCGCACCUUCAAUGGGCUCUGGCUCAAUCGUCCCCAAUCGGCGAAUACCUCCACCACCACUGCCUCAAUCCUCCUUAAGUGAUUCUUCUACCAUCACCGCAGUCAGCAGCACAACCAGCAGUUCUCAAGCUAACUUUUUCAAUUCCCAACGAUCACAGUCCACACUUGUCGAUGAACCUUACACCGCUGAUGGCAUCGAUUCCGAUUCGUUCGACAGCGAUGAAAGUGAUGAAGAUCGCCGAAACGACACCUACUUACACCCAAAUGAUAUUAACAGCGCCAAACAGCUCCCGGAUCCCCCGCCCUCAAAUAACCAGAUGUACGCCUUGAUGCAGAAAAUCCGCAACAUUGGAACCCUCUCCAAGUCAGAGCUCGCCAAAGGAUUCAACAAGCUUUCCAAAAAGAAAACCAGCUCUUCCAAGUCGCCAAAGAUCUUCACCGCUGAAAAUCUGACCUUCCCUGCCGGGCCGGACGACAACAGUACCACCAACUAUGAAAACACUCCGCUUCCCAAGACUCCCAAACAGUCCAAGUCCAAGUCCUUCAAACUCCCGCUUCAGCUCGGUUCAUCCAGCAAACCUUUGGCUGACGAUUACGAAAAUACCGAUUUCCACCAGCCGGUCACCCCAACGUCGGUUUCGCCAAAUGGAUCCGCCCUCGCAUCUAGUCCCGCUUCGGAACAAGCGGACCGGUCCAUUCUGGUCAGUAUCAGCAACAGCGAUUCCAGCAACGUCUCGACUUUCCGCAAAAAGUCCAAAACCGGAAAGUCGCUCCGCUCCAAGCUCCGCAAGAGCCUCCAAUCGGACUCUAGUCUCAACAUCGGUAGUUCAUUCAACGGUUCCCGCAGUACAUUCUAUGUGACGGACUCGCUGGAUGUCGACUCGGGAAUAUUCAACGGCAGCGAACCCAACAGCUCGUCCUCGAAUCUGAACGUAGCAUCCGUGGGAAAGGAUACGCCCUCUCCUCAGAAGCUCGUCGUCCACAAAACACCCGACGCCGAUCGGCGAAAGUCGGUGAACGGUGGAAGCCCUGCUAGUCGACCCACAAUUCCACCACCACCACCGCCCUCGAGUGCAGCCGUUGGAGACAGAAAGUUUUUAAAGAAUCGAAAAUUGGGCGCCACUUCGUGGUACGCCGAAUGUGGGCUUUUUAAGGCGGACAGUCUCAAACAGGCGUCGCUCGAGAACGAACUGAAAAAUAAGGAACGUAGUACGACUUCUUGGUAUGCCGAAGCCGGACUGUAUCAGACCAGUGAUGUUUCCGUCGCCAGCUCCAGCGAAAGUUCCGGAGUUUCGACCGGCGGCGAAGGUGGCGGAGAGGACGACCACUCGCAUAGCAUGUUUGUGAACGAGCCGCUGUAUCAGAUCUACAAUGCGGCCAAACUGGAAUCGUUGACGCGAGACAUCGAUGCGGAAAUAACCGGCGACGGCGAUACCGAGCUGUAUGACGACGGGUACGAAAAGAUCUCUGACCGCAGGAAAAGUGGCGGCGCCGGUUCCGGUAGCGAUGAGGAUACGGUGGGACGAAAACUGCGGCCGAGUGCGUUCGAGCUGAUCGAACCCAACGUGGGGAAGCUGCGCACGCUUUGGUGCGAGAUCCCGGAGGUGAUCAACUCGGAAAUUUUGCUAACUUUAACUCCCACAGAGAAACGCCUCCAGGAGGCGAAGUUCGAAAUCCUCACAUCGGAAGCCUCCUAUUUGAAAUCUCUGAACCUACUCAAGACCCACUUCAUCAACCAUCCGGCCUUCAGAGACAUCAAAGUGCUGACAUCUUCCGAGCGUAAGACGCUAUUCUCCAACAUCAUUCCCGUGCAGGAGUGCUCCGAUCGGCUGCUUUGCGACCUGGAAAACUGCUGGCAGGACAACAUCAUGCUGCUGGGAUUGAGUCACAGCAUCUACAAACACGCCGAGAAGCAUUUCCACGUGUACGUCAACUACUGCGAGCAUCAGGCGAAAAUCGAUCGAACCUUGAAGAACCUCAAAGCGCACAAAACCGUGUUCACCAAAACCUUGGUGGAGCUGGAAUCCGAUCCCAUUUGCUGCGGCCUCAGCCUGUCGUCUUUCCUGAUGCUUCCGAUGCAGCGAAUAACACGGAUGCGACUACUGCUGGACGCCGUACUUCAGCGGAUCAAAUCGGACGACGACGAGUUCAUCAGCUGGGAGAAAACCUUCGUGUUGAUCAACCAAAUUCUGAAACAGUGCAAUGACGCUGCUCAUAGGAGCGAACAGAUGUACGAAAUGGAGAUGAUUUCGAGGCAAAUUGAGUUCCCGUCACACAUCCGACCGCUUGCUGUCGUCCCGUGCGGCAUCGGACCACCGGGCAGCGUGAUGCGCAAGCUAGAGAAAAAGGGCGAAUUAGUGCACUUGCUGUGGCGAGGCGAUGACGCAAAACUUACCUUCGGUAAAAAGUUCAGCAAAAGCAAUAUCUAUGCGUUUCUGUUUACGGAUCUGAUUGUGCUGACCAAGAAGAAAAGCGACGAAACCUACCUAGUUACGGACUACUGCCCACGUGCCCUGUUGACGGUCAACUCCGGCGACAUUGUGCCUCAGCUGCCAACCAAGGAGAUGCAAGCCAUCGGAAAGCAUCUGAUCAUUAUGACAUUUCUGGAAAACCACGAGGGAAAAACUAUAGAGAUGAUCAUUAGCUGCCCAUCGGAAACGGAACGCGAACGGUGGCUCAAGGUGACGGAGCCCCUAUCAUCGGAAAAUCCCGACGAAAGGAUCUACGAACAGUGGGAUUGCCCCCAAGUGGUGGCAAUUCAUCCCUACCAAGCGCUGCAACCGGACGAACUUGAUCUAGAUAUCACGGAGGUGGUUAACGUGCACCGCAAAAUGGCUGACGGCUGGUACGAGGGCGAGCGGAUCCGGGACGGAGUGGUGGGUUGGUUCCCCAGCAACUAUACCAAGGAGAUCCCAUCGGCACACAUUCGCGCCAAGCAUAUCAAACAGCGCCACGUUCUUCUCUCGUACACGUCCAAAUAUAUCGACACGACGACGCGGACCCUUCAGCACAGCAAAAAAUGAGCUGAACGGGAUGCACGCAACGCCGUAUUUCGCAAUUAUUAGUGUUAACUUGUAACAGUUUUUGUAAUAUCGCAGAGAACUAGGGUACAGCCUUGAAAAUUGUAUAGUUUGUUAGUAUUGUACUGAUUAUCUUUCAUUUAGACUGUAAUCACAGAAACUGUUUCUGAUGUAAAGUUAUGGAAUGCAAUGUUUGUUUGAGUGCCUUUUGUAUUGUUAAUCUUGAAAGUGUUUAAAUUAUUGCGAUGAAAAGCUUACCGACUCCACUUGUAAAGAACCAGAAAGUACGGAUAGUUGAAACUUGUAUUAUAGCUGAAUAGAGUAAAAACAGUUAUAUAAUUACCUGGAUACUUAUUAAGCAAUAAACUGAAAUGCAAUCGUUGUCCUGGGAAGUAUUAUGAAUAAAAUAAUAAAUAUGAA